AUGUUUCAGAAGAGAGAAGAAAUAGAUAACAAUAAUAUCAAUAUGACAGCCGUUGCAAGACUGCGGGAGCUCCUUGCCCAGGAAGACAAAAUAGUCGUCUGUCCGGGCGUGUACGAUGGGUUUACGGCAAGAAUUGCUUUAAGUGCAGGAUUUGAUUGUUUAUACAUGACAGGUGCUGGCACGACCAUGUCAAAACUUGGUAUGGCAGACUUGGGAAUCGCUACCUUGAACGACAUGAGGGAAAACGCUGGAAUGAUAUCAAGCCUCGAUAGAAGGAUCCCCGUUAUUGCAGAUGCGGAUACCGGCUUCGGCGGCCCUUUAAUGGUCGGCCGCACGAUCGAACAAUACAUGCAAGCGGGAGUUGCAGCCCUCCACCUCGAAGACCAAGUGGUGAACAAGAGAUGCGGCCACCUUUCCAAUAAGGAGAUUGUGGACGAGGAGACCUAUAUCACGCGGAUCAGAGCCGCCGUAAACGCUCGAGCGCAGACACAUGGCGAUAUAGUGAUCAUAGCCCGGACGGACGCCUUGCAGUCUCUCGGCUAUGAAGCAGCAGUAUCCCGCUUGAAGAAAGCCAUUGCCAUUGGAGCCGAUGUUGCUUUUCUCGAGGGCUUCACGUCCGUUGAAGAGGGCAGGCGAGUUUGUGCUGAGUUGGCACCUACGCCCGUCCUGCUGAAUAUGGUGGCGGGAGGAGUAACUCCGAAUUUCACCGUCGCGGAAGCAAAGGAGGCAGGCUUUAGGAUUAUUAUUUAUGCUGCGUUUGCAUUGGGGCCGGUAUUUGGUGCUGUUUCGGCGGCGGCGAAGGAGCUGAAAGAGACUGGGGAUCUUAAAGCUGCGGACUUGGAUGGGAAAAGGCCGAGGGAUAUAUUUACUGUUUGUGGAUUGAAUGAAGCUAUUGCGUUUGAUGUGGCUGCGGGAGGUAAAUUAUACGCGAAGGGGGUCUGA